AUGAGUGGUAGAGUCGCUACAGCUACACCAACCGCGUCUGGGAAAUUUCUACAUACAAGAAGUGGACCUUCUCGUCGACAUGAAAAAGAUACUGGCCACAAUAAUAACAAGAAGUGUCAAAACUGCGAUCACCAGCAUUCGGUUUCAUAUCAUUCAUCUUCGAACUCAGAAUCCAAUAUUGACUCACCAAGGCUUUCAGACGGUGAGAGGUCUUCGUCAACACCGACUAGUGUAGACGAAAGUGCAACUGCAAUUGUUGCAAAGAAGCAGUUAAAUGCAAGGAAACCAACUUCGAAUUCAGCUACAACUAUAACUGGAAAUAACAACAAUACUCCUUUACUGGAUACAAGGGAUAUGGAAAACUUAAAGAUUAAUGGUAAUGGUGAUAAAAAAAAUGAUAGUGGUAAUAAUGGUAAACCUGUAGAUCAGAGGAUCCAAGGAAAGCAAAGCUCAAAAUCUUCACAGCAAAAACAUCAAGAAGGCGUGAAUCGCAAUUACCAAUUAAAGUUCGUUAAUAAAGAGCAGAAUCCACAAGAGGCUCAACAAUUACAAGGAGAUCCAAUGCAGCGUAAGAUUUCACCAUCUUCCUCAUCAGAAUCUGUCUUAGAAAAUGAAAGUUUGGUUCAUACAGAUUCCUAUAUCCAUGGUGAAGAUAAUGACAACGUUCUUUUGAAUAAAAGAAUUUCAAGAAUUUCAACUAGAAAAAGCCGACAACUACCACAUCAAUCGAGGCAAAGCCUUUUAUUACAGGAUGGAGGAGGAGAUCAAAUACGAAAGAGUAUUCCAUUUUUAUCUCAUAAACAUUCACAAAUUUUACCCUUGCGUGAUGAUGAUGGUGAUGAAAAAAGACCGUCAAAUGCAAUGUCAAACAAAUCAAUGCCACAACUAAGUGGAACAGCACCAAGUGGCAGAAAUAAUAGUAAAUUGGCUUCCGCAUCUAGUACAUCUUUACCUCCAAAUGGUAAUGGUAAUGGUAUUGUUGCCGGUACAAAUAAUUCAAAUCUUUUGAGGAGAUCUGAAUCUGCAACUGCAGAAAUUAAAAAGAUGAGAGUUUCACUACUGCAUAAGAGAGAAAUGAGAAAGAAAAGAAAAUCGUUUCUUAUGGAUGAUGAUAGAGUUCUAAUUGGUAAUAAAGUUUCAGAAGGUCACGUGAAUUUUAUCAUUGCGUAUAACAUGUUAACUGGUAUUAGAGUUGCAGUGUCUCGUUGUUCGGGGAUAAUGAAACCGUUGACACCAGCAGAUUUUAAAUUUACGAAAAAAUUAGCAUUUGACUAUCAUGGUAAUGAAUUGACACCUUCUUCACAAUAUGCAUUCAAAUUCAAAGAUUAUUGCCCAGAGGUAUUUCGAGAACUACGUUGUUUAUUCGGGUUGGAUCCUGCCGACUAUUUGGUUUCGUUGACAUCCAAAUAUAUUUUGAGUGAGUUAAAUUCACCAGGUAAAAGUGGGUCCUUUUUUUAUUUCUCAAGAGAUUACAAGUAUAUCAUUAAAACCAUUCACCAUACUGAACACGUUCAUUUGAGGCGGCAUCUUAAUGAGUACUAUCUACACGUCAAGAAUAAUCCUGAUACUUUAAUUUGCCAAUUCUAUGGAUUACACAGGGUUAAAAUGCCCAUUUCAUUUCAAAAUAAAAUUAAACAUCGGAAAAUCUAUUUCUUAGUGAUGAACAACCUUUUCCCACCACACUUAGCUAUGCAUUCAACUUAUGAUUUAAAGGGCUCUACAUGGGGUCGUAUGACAAAGAUUAAUCCAAAAUUGGUCAAUGAUGAAAAUUAUAAGCCUGUACUCAAGGAUUUAAAUUUCUUGGAUGAAGAUGAAAGAAUCAAAUUUGGUCCACUGAAAAAGAAGAAAUUUUUGGAACAAUUGCGCAAGGAUGCCUUGUUAUUGGCCAAGUUGAAUACAAUGGAUUAUUCUCUUUUGCUGGGGAUUCAUGAUUUAAAUAAGACAAAAGACGAAGAAUUGAUUGUAAGUGGUAUGAGCGGUGAUAAUUAUUCUACUACUGGUGCAAUUGGUGCAGGUUUAGAAACUCCAGCACCUAUUAGAAAUAGCACUGUCGUCCCACAUUAUUUCAAACAAUUUGAAGGUGGUAUUAGAAGUUCAGAUGCCUUCAAUAAUGAUACAAAUAUAAUUUAUUAUGUGGGUAUUAUUGAUUGCCUAACCAAUUAUUCCAUAAUUAAAAAGUUAGAAACUUUUUGGAGAGGCUUGAGCCACGAUUUGAAAGCUGUUAGUGCGGUCCCACCAAGAGAUUAUGCUGAAAGAUUCUAUGAAUUCAUAGAGGACGCGGUUGAUCCACUACCACCAAAGAGAUACAAGGAUGACCCAACGGCUACAAAAUACAAGGAUUAA